AUGCUUCGGUUGGAGCAAAAAUGGAGAAGCCAACUACCUACACAGAGUGGCGGCUCAAAGAGAACCAAGGUUAGUACAACUGGAGCAUACUCAUCCUCAUCAAACCCAGAAACACCGUUGGCUGACGAACCCGGUGUGGACUCUCCCGUUCGCCCACAAGGAUCAAAGAAGAGCAAGCGAAGAGGUAAGAAAAAAGCACAGAUGUCUGAAGAUUUUAGCGAAAGAAAAUCAUCGGUUGUAAAAAAAUUAUCUCUCAUGGAAGAUAUUAAGAAUGUUAGAGAAAAGGAACUAAUGGAAAGGGAAAAAGAAAGAGAAGAGGAGAAGGAACAUAGAGCAAAGAUGAUGGCAAUCAAAGAGAAGGAGAUACAAAUUCAAGCGGCAAUGAAAGAACAAGAAUUACAAACUCAGAGGUAUAUUAAAGAAAUGGAGAUAAAAGCAAAAGAAAGGAAAAUGGAUAUGCAAAUACUUAAUGCUGACACGUCUACAAUGAGUGAGAAACGACGAGCUCUUCAUGAGAUUGCAUGUGAGAAAAUAAUGGCCAAGUGGUUUACUUAA